UGGAACCCCAGCUAUAGAAGGACCUUAAUCUCCAUAUUCAAUAUGGACUCACAGGAAUGACUCCAGAAUGUGUAAAAUCUGCUCACCUCACCCCGAUAUAUAAAAAUUGCUCCAAAUAAAAAGAAGAAAACAAAUAAAGACCUGUUCCUUCAUGAUCUACUCACAGGAAUGACUCCUGAAUGCGUAAAAUCUGCUCACCUCACCUCAAUAUAUUAAAAUUGCUCUAAGUAAAAAGAAGAAAACAAAUAAAGAUCUGUUCCUUCACGAUCCUUGCUUCCAUCCGAAGACCUGAAACUAAGUCCCCAAUCAACGAUUUGUAACUCAUUUUUUCCUCCAAUGGGCACCGAAUGCCACGCAGAGCACACCGUAUCUAAGAAUCUUAGAUAUUAGAUAAGAUGCAAUUAAUACUUUAUAAAUCUUCUGCUUUUGUAAUAAAGAGAAAAUACCUUCCUGAAGCAUCCUCCCUUAAAAUUAAAAAAUAUGCACCACCUCACUUAGGUGGUAUCUAAGAUUAGGAGGAGAAAAUGUGCCUUCUUUUGUGCGAAUGGUCGAAAGAAUUUGGAAGCGCAGUAACAGAGACACCCAAAUCAAGACAGGCUUCUGCAACAAUGUUAUGGCGGUCUCAUUUCGCAGUUGAGAGUGGGGCGGAGAAUGCAUGGAGGCUCCAACUCAUGAAAUCUCCAAGGCCUGAAAGGGAUGAUAGGCCUCCCAGAAGAAUCGGUGAUUGCUUUAAUGGAGUACUCGGGCCCAGUGAUGGAGUGGAUGAUUAUUAUCAGCAGCAAGAGGAUGUGAUUGAGGGUUUUAGAGAAAUGGAUUCUGUUCUUGGGCGUGGAAAUCUGCCUGGCAUGUCUGAGGAAGAUCGUGAAAAGCUUGCAAGAAGUGAGAGGACUGCAAUUCUACUGUCCAACUUGGCAAAUGUUGUACUUUUUAUUGCAAAAGUUAUUGCAUCAAUAAGGAGUGGUUCAUUAGCCAUAAUUGCUUCAACCCUAGAUUCGCUAUUGGAUCUUCUAUCAGGCUUCAUUCUCUGGUUCACUGCAUUUAAGAUGCAGAAACCAAAUCCUUAUCUCUAUCCGAUUGGGAAAAAGCGCAUGCAACCAUUGGGAAUUCUGGUUUUUGCUUCAGUUAUGGCUACAUUGGGACUAGCAAUCUUACUAGAGUCUCUUCGACAACUUAUUUCAAAGAAGCGAGGUUUAUCAUUGGAAGGAGACAGGUGGCAUUGGGUGGUUGGAAUUAUGGUUUCAGUCACUGUUGUGAAGUUUUUCCUUGUAAUCUAUUGCCGGACUUUUACAAAUGAGAUUGUAAAGGCAUAUGCCCAAGAUCAUUUCUUUGAUGUCAUCACCAAUUCGAUUGGUCUCCUUGCUGCAGUUCUUGCAAGUAAAUUUUACUGGUGGAUAGAUCCAGCGGGAGCAAUAGUGCUAGCACUCUACACAAUCAGGACAUGGUCGAAAACUGUCCUGGAAAAUGUGAGUUCUUUGGUGGGGAAAACAGCUCCACCUGAUUAUUUGCAGAAAUUGACAUAUCUCUGUUGGAAUCAUCACAGUGCCAUACGACAUAUUGAUACAGUCAGAGCUUACACAUUUGGUUGCAAUUACUUUGUUGAAGUUGACAUUGUGCUACCUAGUGAUAUGUCCGUGCAAGAGUCUCAUGACAUUGGAGAGGCGCUUCAAGAAAAAUUGGAAUCUCUUUCUGAUAUAGAACGGGCUUUUGUGCAUAUAGACUAUGAAUAUACUCACAGACCUGAGCAUGGGACCCCGAACAGGCGUUCCUAGUUGUUUAUGAUGGGUUGUAUACUUAAUCCUAGUGUUAUCCAUCCUGCAUGUAAACCUAUCAUUGCCAACUGAUACCCUUUUCCAACUUGAUAUGUGGUUACUAUCCAGACUUAGUGAUUUGUAGCUCUCUCAUCUAGUUUUAGUUUGCAGUUUUAGUUUUAAAAUAUUUGCAUAAUUUUAAAGUUUAUUAGCAACUUGUUCAAUGUAAACACAGUUAAGACACGAGCUCCAAGUUAUGUCCUUGGCUGAAAAUAUUGGAUGUCGAUUUUCUUAAACAUAUGUACUCCUAGCUAUG